CCUCUCUUGGAUGACUUCACUGUUCCGCCUGGGGUUCCUUUAUGAUCGCGGGAUCUCCCCCUCCUACAUUACACACACACAAACACACAUUGCGCUCAUUCUCGCUCUCCUUCCCACCUGGACGCACUGACUUCGCUUUUGCUCUGCGCUAUAAUAAACUACUGGGUUUCACGGAUAUUCGCAGGAUUUGCUACAACUUGUACUUGGGUUCGCGUCUGUUUCUAUCGUCUGCUCCAGUUCCGUUCCAACUUCUGUCACAAUGUCUGAGGUUCUGCCGUACAACGAGGGGAAGAUGAACGGCUACGGUGCGGACAACGACGUCAGCCAGAUGUCCUUCAGCUGCGGGCUGCAAGACACAAGCUCGUUUUUCGGGGCGUCGCAGGCGAAAAGACCCCCAAAACUCGGCCAAAUAGGCAGAGCAAAGAGAGUGGUCAUCGAGGACGACCGAAUAGACGAGGUUUUGAAGGGAAUGACGGACAAAGCGUCAUCCGGCGUCUAAAGGUCCAGCGACGCCUCGCAGACAUUUAAUUUUUAAAACAUCACCAGUUUGAAGCAGUUGUCGGCUGUGUGUGAAUGAUGGAGGACGAAGAGAGACGACGCGCUGCCAAAAGGCGACAGAAGCGUAAACUAGAGAGAGUUGGCGACGGCGAGAUACUCGGCAUUUGCCGGACAUUCAACAAAACGAAAUGCCGAUUUCUAUAUAUAUAUAAAUAUAUAUUAAAAGGCCUAAAUAAAAGCGUAGCUGCGCAGAAAGUCAUCGACGCUGCUGCGGGUUCCCAUGUGGCUCCAUUAACGAACUCUGCCACUGCUUUCCACGGUGGACGGAUUCGCCAUCACUUCACGAACAUUUUCUUCCAACACGCGCCGUAUAAGCAUCGACCUUAAAGCGCGCAGGACAAAGCACAUCUCCAGCUUUAUUAUCGUAUUUGUACAGAAUCUCACAUUCGAAAGAGAGUUCUAUUUAAGCCUGUAGCCAAUUUGCGCUUCAAAAAAAAAAAAAAAGUGAAAAGUGAAGGGUGUGAACUGAAUCAGCACCUGCGCCUUUACGCACAGUGUAGAGUUCAUUCCAGCUGCUGAUAGAGCUGUUUAUAGUAGUCUAAUACACAUAUACACCAAGAUAUUUCAAAAUCAAAAGACCCAGUGGAUGGUGCGAUGUUAAUAUCUUUAACUGUAUAGACUUCGUGUUGAAAAGAUAAGGUAUUUUGUCCGAUUUUCAUGGUGAUGACGCGCGUUCCCGCAACAAUGGACCAUUGUGGGUGUGCAUUAAAUUCACACAUUGAAAAAAGGACUCCACAGAAAUAAUAGACGAUGGCCUAUAAAAUGGCCCAAUGUCAAUUUUUUUUUUUUUGCGUUCUGUUUCUCCACCUCUUUGCAUGAAUUUUUAUCUUCGGUGCCAAUGCAGUUGACGUCAUAACUUUUGUGCCGUAUUCACAUUACUGCGGAAAAUCAACGUAGCGCAUGAUUUAAUGACUCCAGCACUGUCGGUGGAGCUGCAUAUAGUGUAUGAUCAGGUCUGUAAUCAUGAGGUGGCAAAAGGGAAGGGCAAAACCACAUUAAGGGGUAGCACCACUCAGUUAUGUAGCUAUAGAAAAACCUUGAAGCUGCAGAAUGUUAGGUACAAAAUGAAUGGCUAUAUAAUGACUCUAUUGGCCUUAUAGUUGUUAUAUAGCUUUUAAGGUAAAUGUUCCUUCAUCAUCACAAAUUAGAAUUUAAAUAAACAUAAUCAUCAAGAUAUGUUUUAUUAUUUAUUUAAAGGGUAGCAAGUGGUGCAGCAGUCAAAACCAUUUGACCUUCCUUCUGGAAACAAUGCAAACAAUGCAAACAAGUAGCAUAUAAGGCUAGCAUAACUUAGGAAACUACAACAAGGCUUCUAUUUCACAAACAAAUUCAUUUUUAAACAGUCAGGUAAAAUAACUGGUUGCAGAUCAUUUGGGUUUAUUACCAUAAAAGUCUCCAAAAUUUGAGGUCAGUGCACAGAGGGAUUAAAGUAUAUUUUGAAUCUUUUUUUUGACGCACUCUAACAGCACAGGAUUGAAAAUGUAUGGGGACAACACUCAGUUCAGGUUAAUGUCCAUGCAAACAUUUUCCCACAAUGAUAUGAAUACAGCAUCACUCAUGACAGAUUUUUUUAAGUCACUUUUGUAUCUUUCUUGCAUCUAAUAUUUAUUAUAUAUAGCCUCUGCUAUUUUAUUGUCUUACACAAAAAUGUUUGUAUCUCUGAAAGGUACAGUAUGAGAAGAUAACACAACUGAAAGGGUUGUUACGUUGUUUAGUAUCAGACAAGGAACUUUAUUUCUCUCUCUUCAAAGGGACAUGCCGAAUGUGCUGCGGGGUUUAUUUGCACAAAUCAAUGUUAUUAAUAUAACUAAGAAAUUGUAUACUGUGACUUGAGCUUCAUUGAUUACUUUGUUAGAAAAUGGUGACCUUAGAUUCUACUACACUGUUUACGACUAUCCUCAAAUAACACAGUGUUAUUUGAUGAGUUUCUGAGCGUUAUAUCUAUGCGUUUUGCUGUUUAUUUUGUACCAUUCUUAUAAAAAAAAUGAUUCUGGUUUGUUGUGCAUGAAACCAACUUUUCAAAAACUGGCAUUGUUUAAGCAAAGAAGCAACAAAAAUGUAAUCGCAUUCUGAGAAUGAUUCAUUGUAUAUUAUGAUGCCAUUUUCACUGUACUUGGUGAAUUAAUAAAUGGUGGGAAGAAA